AGGGGCAAAUGUGACCUUGGGAUCGGGGUACAUUAUAGACCGGAAAUCAAUCAUGCUUGUCAAAAUGGGGUUGUUGGAUGAAGUAAGUCUCUUUUGCGAAUGUGAUACAAGUCAUAGAACUAGCUUUGAUAAAAGCAAAAAUAUCGAUUCGUGAAAAAGAAAUUCUACACGUUCUUAAUAUUCUUUGUUCCAUUCCUCUGGAUGAUUACACCGUAAGAAAUAGUUAUAGAGGAAAGGCAGCGAUUGAAUGUCUAUAGUAUCGUUUCAACCGAGAGAUGCAAUUGAGAAUUAUCGAAGCCACCAAGCAUGCAGAGGAGCUAGAGCCCUCGGAGCAAAAGCCAGCUCAUAAUCGGUGUGAGGAUGGUCGUAUGAAGGCGCAAAUUACAGAGCUUGAAGCGGCAUGCCAACAAUUGAAGACAGUAGGGCCCCAGCUAGAUAUUGCGCAGGAAACAAUAGAACAGCGGAAGGAGAGAGGCGAGCAAAUUGAGGUGGGUUCGGACGAUGGCUACGAUAGAUCAAGGAAGGAGAUUUGUGAUCAUAUCAAAGGGCGGGCGAAGGUAUUGUCCGCUUUAGAAGACCACAGGCGUAGUAAAAGCAAGUUGUUACGGAGGUUGCAAGAGAAUCGGACUGAACUUGAACGACUCGAGGAGAAGAAGAGAAAUAGGGAAGGGAUCUUGGCUCUAAUGGAAGCGCAGGAAUCGCAUUGGUCAGUUGAUAAGCCGGUGGUGACACUGUCUAGCAAGGUAGUAGUACAUUGAAGCAGCCUUUAAAAGUCUGGCAGCCAAUUCGGUGCUUUCUUGGAGCCUUGCCCUUCACAACGUAUCACCCAAACCAAAAAAUAAGGCUGUGGCAAGAGAUCCCGG